UCUAAAUGAAACUAAAAAUUAAACACUAAAAGCAAAACAAAUAAAUUUUAAUAAAUUCAGGUUAUAAGAUUGUGAAACCUCUAACAUAACAUAGUGUAUAUUUUUUAAGUUUUCUAUUACAACCUAAAUUAAUACUAACCAAUUAAAACUUCCCUACGUUCUAUUUCACAAACAAAAGAAUCAAUAUUUUAUUCAAAUGGGUGAUGAUGACGAAUAUGCCUGUGUCAACAAGACACAGCUGAAAAUAAAAGAUAAUUCUGGAAUUAAGAAGAGAAAGAAAAAGAAAGCCAAAAAAGAAACUGAAAAGAUAGUAGAAAAAGAAAUAAAACAACAAAUCCAGCAACCAACCAAUGUCGAUCGAAGAACCAAAGCCGAGAUUGCAUAUCAAAAUAUGCAGGAAAAAAUGCAAAAACAAAGAAUAUUACAAAAGGCUGAGAUGACACAUAAGCAGAGAGUGGAAAAAUUUAAUCAACACCUUGACAGUUUGACAGAGCACUUUGAUAUUCCAAAAGUUUCUUGGACUAAAUAAAAUCAUGAACAGCAAAGGAUACAAUUUUCUAUUGUAAAUAUGUGAAAAGUACUAACAGACUAAAAUUUCAAAUCAAAUUGCAGCAAAGUUUUUACAUUUUAUAAUUUUUUUUGGUAAUUAAGAUAACCACUAUAUAAUCCUAUAUGUAUUUUUUCCUGUAUUAGUAAUGUAUGCCCAAUCUGCUGGAAAUGGCACUCAAGUACCAAACUAACUAGAAUGCCACCAUUCACCGUGAGUCUAGAGAACUGAACUUUGUAUUGUAUUAUUAGGCUUAAACUAGAAUGUGCUGAUCUUGCAGAAAAAGGUCUGUAGUAGGUUAAUUAAUGGUAAUGUUAGUUUUCUCAAGAAUGGCUCAGAAGUACCACUACUCUACAUAGUGAUGUCCAUGAACAAAGGAUAAUACAUACACGAUAGAAGAGAAAAUGUGAGGACGACAUGGUGAUACAAGCCACAAUAUUCAUGAACGGUGCAACCUUAGUUCCACUGUAUAAAAAGUAAUAAAUGAGUUACGUAUUAUGGAUAUGUUUGUGAAAUGUGAAAUAAAAAGUAUUUAUAAAAGUAAUAAAUGAGUUACUUAUUAUGGAUAUAAGUUUGUGAAAUGUGAAAUAAAAAGUAUUUAUAAUAGUGCUAUGCCUUUAAAUAAUACAACUAUAUUUAUGUUAAGUCCUAUUUAUUUGAUCCGUAACUUACAGCUAAAAUAUAAUAUUUUGAAAAUAUUAUCAUUGGACGGAUUCAAUGAGAAUGUAUUAAGUAGCUGCCUUUGAAUACAAUAAAAAAAGAUAAAAGAUUAUGACCUUAAAAUCAAAACUAUCAUCAAAUUUGGAAAAUUACAACUAAUUACUAAAAAACAAAAAACGUAAUAUAGUUAGAAUUUAUAUAGUAUAUAAUUUGGACGGAAAUAUAGAAUUGUACAGAAUUAUUUAAAACUACAUUUGGUUAAAAACUGCAAUAAACAAAAGUAUAGAUCCUAAAAUACUUAUUUUAAUUAUUAUUGAUAUUUUAAGGCACAUUGUUUGCAGAUUGUCAGAACUUGAAACAGCCCUAAUUGUGUGACAAUUGGCAUUAUGUAAAAAAUUACUCAAUUUAACCAAGAACACUUGGCUGUAAGGUGCAAACUGGGAAUGGACUGGUCACAUUAUUUUUGGAUAGUGGAUGUUAUAUAUUUUAUAAAAUUUUAAAUAUAACAUGGUUAUAUCAGAUCCAAAUUUACUAAAUGCUAUUACUAGUACUAUUAGUAAAUACUAUCACUGACAUUGAAAUUUCAUAUCGAUUUUUUUAAUAUCUGGAUGAAUUACUAAAAUGAUAUCUAUAUAUUCAUUUAAAAACGACCAGUUGACAUAUGAACGUAUAAACCACAUGGAACAAAAUAAUAUAGAAAGAUUUUUUGACAACCUCAAGUAUUUAAAUCUUAUUCAAUUUUACAGCAUUCUACAAUUCUUAAAAUAGAGCUCGUCAUGAUAAUACUACUCUCCGAAUUCUGAUCACGCAGAAGCACGUCACCGUCAUCGCCCUGGACACGUCCUAACUCUUGCAUUAGAUACCUUCAACUCUAACAUUAGAGCAGGUUAGAGGAACUCCGGUAACCGUACUUGUCGAACUCGACAAAGAGGUCGACGUGCAACCUAACCCAUGCAUCAGCUUGCUGAGUUUCUCGCCGGAUCUU